GCAUGCGCGUGCUGUUCCUCAAGUCCUGUGAGGGGAGAGCAGCCACUCCAAUCCCGGAAGUCGGUCCGAGAGCUGCUUCAACAUGAAGUCCCGCUUCAACACUGUAGAUAUCCGGGCAGUAAUUGCUGAGAUGAGGCAAAGCUUGUUGGGAAUGAGAGUCAACAACGUCUACGAUGUGGAUAAUAAGACCUACCUCAUCCGCCUCCAGAAGCCAGAUGUCAAAGCUACCCUUCUCCUGGAAUCUGGGAUUAGGAUUCACACCACAGAAUUCGAGUGGCCCAAGAACAUGAUGCCCUCUGGCUUUGCAAUGAAGUGUCGCAAGCAUUUGAAGACCAGGAGGCUCGUGAGCGUGAAGCAGCUCGGUGUGGACAGAAUAGUAGACUUCCAAUUUGGAAGCGACGAAGCAGCUUACCAUCUGAUUAUUGAGCUCUAUGACAGGGGCAACAUUGUGCUGACUGACCACGAGUAUCUCAUUCUGAACAUCCUGAGGUUUCGUACCGACGAAGCAGAUGACGUCAGGUUUGCUGUGCGGGAACACUACCCGGUCGAUAAUGCCAAACCAGCAGCACCGUUGCCUACUUUGGAGAGGCUGACAGAAAUAAUAACCACAUCACCCAAGACGGAACAGAUCAAGAGAGUCCUAAACCCUCACCUUCCGUAUGGAGCCACUCUGAUUGAGCACUGCCUCAUAGAAACAGGAUUUUCAGGGAAUACGAGAAUAGAGCAAAUAGACAGCAAAGAUAUUGGAAGGUUACUAGCUGCUUUACAGAAAGCUGAAGAAUAUAUGGAAGUGACGGACAACUUUGAUGGCAAGGGCUACAUCAUCCAAAAGAGGGAGAAAAAGCCAAGCCUGGAGCCAGAAAAGCCAGCUGAGGAAAUCCUCACAUACGAGGAGUUCCACCCUUUCUUGUUCUCGCAAUACACCAAGUGCCCGUUCGUGGAGUUUGAAUCUUUCAAUAAGGCCGUGGAUGAAUUCUACUCAAAGCUGGAGGGGCAGAAGAUAGACUUGAAGGCAUUGCAACAGGAGAAGCAAGCUCUGAAGAAGCUAGAAAAUGUUCGGAAGGACCACGAGCACAGGUUGGAAGCCCUUCACCAAGCCCAGGAAAUUGACAAAGUGAAAGGAGAACUUGUGGAGAUGAACCUGGAGAUGGUGGACCGCGCCAUCACGGUGGUCCGGAGCGCCCUGGCCAACCAGAUAGACUGGACGGAGAUCGGGUCACUGGUCAAGGAGGCCCAGGCACAAGGGGACCCCGUGGCCAGUGCCAUCAAGGAGCUGAAGCUGCAGACCAACCACAUCACCAUGCUCCUCAAAAACCCUUACGUAUUCUCCGAAGAGGAGGAGGAGGAGGAUGAUGGAGAAGUCGAAGAGGAGGUGGAAGAAGAGACCAAGGGAAAGAGAAAGAAGAACAAAGCCAAGCAGCUGAAGAAACCUCAGAAGAACAAGCCCUUGCUGGUGGACCUGGAUCUCAGCCUGUCUGCCUACGCAAAUGCCAAAAAAUAUUAUGAUCACAAAAGAUUUGCUGCCAGAAAAACCCAGAAAACAGUAGAAGCAGCUCAAAAGGCCUUCAAAUCAGCAGAGAAGAAGACCAAGCAAACUCUGAAAGAGGUUCAAACGGUGACCACCAUUCAGAAGGCGCGGAAAGUAUACUGGUUUGAGAAAUUCCUGUGGUUCAUUAGCUCUGAAAAUUACCUUGUUAUCGCUGGGAGAGACCAACAGCAAAACGAGAUGAUCGUCAAGAGAUACCUGCGGCCAGGUGACAUCUAUGUUCACGCUGACCUCCACGGAGCAACCAGUUGUGUCAUCAAGAACCCAACAGGAGACCCGAUCCCCCCACGGACGCUCACGGAGGCAGGCGCCAUGGCCCUCUGCUACAGCGCUGCCUGGGACGCACGGGUUAUCACCAGCGCCUGGUGGGUGCACCACCAUCAGGUGUCCAAAACAGCCCCCACUGGAGAAUACCUGACAACCGGAAGCUUCAUGAUCCGAGGAAAAAAGAAUUUUCUCCCACCUUCCUAUUUAAUGAUGGGCUUCAGCUUCCUCUUUAAGGUGGAUGAGUCCUGUGUUUGGAGGCACAAAGGUGAGCGGAAGGUGAAAGUGCAAGACGAAGACAUGGAGACGGUGACCAGCAGCGCCACUGAGCUGGCGGCAGAGGAAACCGAGCCUUUAGAUGCUCCAGAGGGAGAGGAAAGCAGCAGCGAAGAUGGUGAGAAGGGAGAGUCCCAGGAGAAACGGGAGAGUGAGCAGGACCCCCCAGAAACACACCAUCGGGAAGAGGACCACGUGGCGGGAUCCUCGGAGGAAGAUGAUGCCGGGUCAGAGGAAGAGGGCGAAGGGGAGGAAGAGCCCGCCAAGGAGGCCUCGGAGGAGAUCAAUUUCCCAGACACCACCAUCGACCUCUCUCACCUCCACACACAGAGAUCCCGGCUGCAGUCCGCUUCCAAAGAGGACGCGUCGAGCCUGAACGAAAACAAGACCCAGGCAGGCCGCAAGCACCUCUCAGCCAAGCAGAGGAGAGAAAGGAAGAAGAAGAAGCAGCCGAGCGAUGCAGUGGAGCCAGAGACGCCGAAGGAGAAGGACGAAGAGGACGAGACCCCGCUCCCUCUGCCUCUGUCCUCCAGCGACACCAGGAAUGGGGGCAACCAGCCACCUGUGAAGAGGGGGCAGAAGAGCAAGCUGAAGAAAAUCAAGGAGAAGUACAAGGACCAGGAUGAGGAGGACCGCGAGCUCAUCAUGAAGCUGCUGGGAUCCGCAGGGUCAAACAAGGAGGAGAAACCCAAGAGAGCCAAAAAGGGGAAGGGGAACCAAGAGCCCGCAAAGAAGCAGCCCCAGAAGCCCCGAGGGGGAAAGAGGCCUGAGCAGGGGGUCAGGAUAGAAGAGUUGACCCCAGAGAUGGAGGCCGUUGCCUUGGAAGACCCUCCAGAUGAGAAGGAGGAGCUGGACCAGGAUCAGCACACAAAUGAGGAAGGAGACACCUUCUUUGACUCCCUGACGGGCCAGCCCCACCAGGAAGACCUGCUCCUCUUUGCCGUGCCCAUCUGCGCCCCAUACACCGCCAUGACCCACUACAAAUACAAAGUGAAGCUGACGCCGGGGACCCAGAAGAAGGGGAAAGCUGCCAAGACCGCCUUGCACAAUUUCAUGCAGUCCAAGGAAGCAACGCCUCGGGAAAAGGAUCUCUUUCGCAGCGUGAAGGAUACAGACCUCUCCCGAAACAUCCCGGGCAAAGUGAAAGUGUCAGCCCCCAACCUCCUGAAUAUGAAGAAGAAGUGAGGGCGGUAUCGCCACCCUCCAGCUUUGGAGCGACUGGAAUGGACUCCUUUUGCGGAACGACUUCCUGGUUUGCACAUAAUAAAGCCCUCUGCCCUUCAAA